AUGCCUCUCGAAAUGCGCCUCCGUGCACUCGAGGCGCGCGUACUAGGCGUCCCGGCGUCCAUGCUCCGCGGUGUGGAGAGGGAGGAGGGAGAUACACUCUCGCGAAGGGUUGGGGCGGCGGAGAGGGCGGUCGAGGAGGCUGUGGGGCAGGCGCCUCAGUUGAGAGUGCUCUAUGAGCGGUACGAUACAUACGCGCCGCUCCUCCGUGGAGCCCUCGAGGAGGGAGAGGAGAACCCGCCCGACGUGCUCACUCCCCAGGCUAAGGCCGCUAUGGUUCUCGAGGCGCGCGAGGACCUUGUCGAUGCCGAGCGGGGUCUGCGCGAGAUUGCGUUGCUCGAGUCGCGUGGAGUCGCCGGCGCGGGAAGUCUUGAGGACGUCGUCGCACUCGCGCCCGCCCUCAACACGGGCUACUCGGACCUCGCGUCGCGCAAACGCACACUGGCUGAGACGCGCGCCGACGUCGCCUCCCUCGUUGAGCGGUAUACCGACUUUACGACGACCGUCUCCGACCUUUUCGUGACGCUACACGACCAGAUCUCUGCUCUCGAGGCGGCAGUGGCCCGCGCCGAGCGUCGUCGCGCCAACGAGAAGGCCCGCAUCUUCUAG